AUGGGUAUUGGCGGAGUCAUCCUACGCUUUUCCGCACUCGCUAUACGCGUGUUGCAGCUUCUCGAUGCGGCCGUUAUCCUUGGCAUCUUCUCGUAUUACCUUGCCAUUCUGGCCCAACACAACCUGCACAUCGCAACAUGGAUUCGAGCCGUCGAAGGUCUAUCAGGUGCUGCUACACUUUACGGAGUCCUCGGUACCAUCUUCGUCUGCUGCCUUGGCGGGAUCGGCUUCUUCGCUUUCCUCGGUGUCGUUCUCGAUGUCUGCUUCACGGGCGCUAUGAUCGCCAUCGCCAUCCUUACCCGCCACGGCGUCAACACGUGCACUGGCAUCGUCAACACGCCUCUGGGCACCGGCAAUGCCAGCGACGACUCCCAGGCCGGACUGAGCUACGGUAUGGCCUGCAAGCUGGAGAAGGUGACAUUCGCCGUUGCCAUCAUUGGAAUCUUCCUGUUCCUCAUUUCUAUUGUGUUCCAGAUCGCUCUCGCUCGCCACCACAAGCGCGAGAAGCGAUUCGGUCCCUCCCCGGCGAACGGUUACACCUCGGGUAGUCGCCGCAAAUUCUGGAGCCGCAAGAAGAACAACCCCGAGGUUGCUGGCGCGGAUGCUCUGCCUGGCCACCCGACUCCUGCUGAUGUCGAGAUGGACGGUGAGACCAAAGAUGAGAAGCGUUGGUACAGUUCGUUCGGUCGCAAGAACAAGACUGAAUUCCCCACCACCGCCACUGGAGGUGCAAAUGGGUACGGCUAUGGCAACUCUGCCUAUACUGGCAACAUCUAA